AUGAAAAAUUGCUACGAUGUGUUAGGUUGUUCAUCGGUAGCUUCGUACAGCGAACUAAAGAAAGCUUAUUUCUGUAAGCUGCGUACAAAUCAUCCAGAUAAAGGUGGUUCUAACUCGGCGUUAUUUCUGGUGACGAAAGCUUGGUCUAUCUUGAAAAACGAGAAUACACGUCGGGACUACAAUACUUGGUUGAGAGAACAGUUACUACGCGAAGGACAGGGUAUUGUUGGGCAGCAAAUCGUCAUCGAUAGUACUGUUGAGCGGAUUGAAGAGUUUUGCAGUUGCGGUGGUGAAUUUAUUCUUGAGAAAACAGAUAUUGAUCGUAUUAUUAAUUCCGCAUAUUUUGAAUGUUCAAAUUGUUCGUUAUGUCUGGAAAAUUUAUCAUUUCUGAACAUUGCGAUCCGUAUUGCUAAUAAAAAAGCCAAAAUGAUCCUUGGUCACGAAAAGGCUGGGAACAACUACUGUGAAGGGAUGAUUCAGUCAGUCACGGUUCUUAAUGAUGCAAUAUUUCCUCGGCAUAAAGAAGAGGAGAAGGAUGACUUUUACAACCAUUUCUGCAUGAGCAAAGGUAGUUCAGAAGUAAAGAUGAGAAUUGAUGAGCAUGAUGUAAUUCCUAGUAGCACAGUUGGAUGUGCUGUUUCCGUAAUCGCUCACCAGUAUCGGGCUGGAAGUACUGAUGAACAAACGGAACUUAUUGAGCUUUGGGAUAUUGGUGGUUCCACAAUUCAUCAGAAAGCAUCUGUUAUUUUCUUCGAAGGAGCCGCAGGUGCAAUAUUAGUACACGAUUUGAGCAAUAAGAAAAGUGAAUCAAACCUUUCCCAGUGGGUUGCAUUACUUCGUGGCGAUUCAUCGUUAUCUUCUAUAAUCUCACCAUUUACAUCUUCAUCUGGUCCACGAUUUUUGUUGAGCGAUAUUGAAAGUACACCGAUGCCGACGUUGAUUGUUGGUUGUAAAUCAGAUUUAGCACCUGAACGUGCUAAGCAGACAGCAUACGAUCGAAUCUCUUUAAAUUGUCGGCGUCCAAUUUCACCUGGCUCUACGAAUCGCAUUAUCCUAUCGAAAUUUUUUGAUACAGUUGUUGAACGUAAAAAAGUGCCUAUGGCUGGAGAUAAGCGGCGUAAGACCAUUAUCACUUAA